GGCAAGUUGUCGGCAAGAGGAAAUUUUGCAAGUCAUGGUGGGCCAUUCAAACCGAGAAGGGAGUGACAACCAUUUAGAUAUCUAAGAAAUUAAAUGCGUAGUUGCCUGGAAGUGACUCGUGACCGUGGUUGUGUAAGCAAUUGGAGGCAUUCUGAGUAAUUUGUAAGAAAAAUCUCCUUGAGCUGGAUGAAUUUUUGAAAGUGAAUGUACUCCAAUAGAUACGUUGGAUAAAAGGUGGACAUUAUUCAGACGAAAAUACUAUCAUCAAGGACAACAAACAAGGAAUAUAAUUUAUUUUACUUUGAUCUUUGUUUUUGUUUUUUGAAGCUUAUGACUGGAAAAAGGAGAGUACCCUUUUACUUUGUGUCUUUCACUUAAAUCUGCUUUUGGUUUUUAUUAUAUUAAAGGCUGACUGCAUCUGAAAUUGGUUUGGCAUUUGUUUGUGUGUCAUUUUUGUUUUUAAUUUUUAGUUACUUUUUGAGUUUUUUUUUCCUUUUUUUGUUCCUUUGCAAAGAAAUGCUUUACUUGAAAAAGUACUUCACAGAGGGUCUCAUUCAGUUCACUAUCCUCCUGAGUCUAAUUGGGGUACGGGAAGACUUGGACACUUACUUGAAUAAUCAGCUCCCCCCUCUGCGUGAGAUCAUUCUGGGCCCCAGCUCGGCCUACACCCAAACACAGUUCCACAAUCUCCGUAACACCCUGGACGGCUAUGGCAUACAUCCUAAAAGUGUGGACCUGGACCAUUUUUUUGCCACUCGCCGGUUGCUGAACCAGGUGCGCUCUCUGGAUCAUCUGCGUGUGCCCACCACCGAGCUGAGUGCCUGGCUGGUGCAUCGUGACCCUGAGACUGUGGUUUCGGCGACCAGCCAGUCCAGCCCCAGCAUUGCCCUGGACAAUGGGGGCAGCCUGGAGGACGUGAACAACUCCGAAGCCUCGGCCAUGAGAGGGGCUGGCAGUGCUUCUGAGACCACUUACAGCCUCAGUGGAGAGGACAGUCUGGGAGCCUUGGCCCCUGUGGACAAUCAGGAGCAAGGGGACAGAGUGAGCAGUGACGACCUAUCCAAAGAGGACAUUGACCUCAUAGACAUUCUUUGGAGGCAGGAUAUUGACCUUGGUGCUGGACGAGAAGUAUUUAACUAUUGCAAUCGACAGAAGGAGAGUGAGGCUGAUAAACCUAAUGAAGAGAACAAGGAGGCAGGUGGAAGAGAGGAAAGCUGGAGAAAUGGACUCAAUCUACAUGCAGUGCAGCAAAGCUUAACUCAUGUUGAUGGAGAGACAGGAGAGAGCAUACCUGAGGAGCUCACCAGUCUUGGUGCUCAAACUUCAUUAUCCCUGCAGGAAUGUCUGAGGCUUCUGGAGGCCACCUUCCCAUUUGGAGAGGAGCCAGAGUUCCAGACCACUGGUUCGACAUCACAGCUGAGAGCUGCAAUUGAGGAAACUCCCUCUACAUCACAGGGGCUCCCUCUACAAGGCCCUCCAUCCCAAUCUGAUACACCAAUAGACCUUGAACAGCAGUGGCAAGACAUCAUGUCUAUAAUGGAGCUGCAGGACAUGGAGGUGAACAAUACUGCAGUAAAUAUCACCAUGAAUAAUGACCCCAAUAACAACAAUGCCAGCACUACAGAAUCAACCACAAUGGGGAGUUUUGGUCUCCCGCAAUCCAAUCUCAUUAACCAGGAUGUUAACCUCCACCAGGCUUCACUUCCCAGCUGCAGCCAGGACUUCCCAACGCUCUUCAACCCUGAGUUGGAUUCCACUGGGGGUCAGCAGCCUACCUUAGUCAGGCUUUCUUCAAGCAAUUCCUCCAACAUCAAUUCAACAUUUGGAGCUACUAACCUGACUGGACUCUUUCUCCCACCACCUCUAAACAGUUCAGCCAACCUUACAACCACUCCUGUGUUGCCAGACCCUUUCACCAGCCUGCUGGAAGAGUCUAUGCUGGAUGAAAUUAGCCUGCUCGACCUUGCUAUGGAAGAGGGCUUUAGCCAAGCCCAGGCUUCUCAGCUUGAGGAUGAGCUUGAUUCAGACUCUGGUCUUUCAUUGGACUCCAGCCAUAGCCCAGCCUCUCCCAGCAACUCUGAGACAUCCUGCUCAUCUGCGCCAUCGUCCUCGUCCACCUCUGCUACAUUCUCAGAGGAAGGAGCUGUAGGCUACAGCACUGAUUCGGAGGCAGCCACAGCCGACGCGGAGGAAGGAGCAGUCGGAGGCUACCAACCAGAGUAUAGCAAGUUGUGCCGCAUGAGCUACCAAGAUCCCUCUCAGUUCAAUGGCAUACCACAUUUGGAAAGUGUCAAUCACAACCACACCUACAAUCUACCAUCCUAUUCUGAGCACUCUCAGUUGUCUGGAUCCUGCAGCAAGAAAUGCAGAGACAAGGAAAUGCAGCAAACAAAGCUCCAACCACCACUAGACUGUGUAGACAGGCAGUCAAGCCGUGAUGAACGCAGGGCAAGAGCCAUGGACAUCCCAUUCUCCAAUGAGAAGAUCAUAAACCUACCUGUUGAUGAGUUCAAUGAGCUUCUGGCAAAGCACCAUCUCAAUGAGGACCAGCUCUCCUUAAUUCGUGACAUCCGCCGUCGUGGAAAAAACAAAAUGGCAGCGCAAAACUGUCGCAAGCGCAAGCUGGACACCAUCCUCAACCUUGAGCAGGGUGUGCAGGAUCUGCGAUGUGAUAAGGCGCAGCUGCAGAAGGAGAAGAUGGAAUGCCUUAAGUGCAUAAGACAGAUGAAGCAGAAGUUUCAGAAACUAUGCCACGAAGUGUUUGCACAACUACGGGAUGAGGAAGGCAGACCCUACUCUUCUAGUGAGUACACUCUGCAGUGCUGCCCUGAUGGUAGCGUUCUCCUCGUGCCUCGUAGCAUGACUGCAGAACAAGGCCACAAGUCUGACAAGAAGCAGAAGGACAAAAAGAAGUGAGGAGCUUGAACUGCUGCCCUUUUAUGUUUUGCAGAGGCACUACCAUAAAAAAGUAUUUUAAAAGGCAAGGAAGCCUUUUUCUUUGAAAAGAAUCUAGCAAGGAAAAGAAAAUUGCAUCAUUGAUUACUCUUCCUGCUUUGGGUUUUCUUUGUUCCUUUUCGGUUCAGAAGUUUUCUCCUGAAAGCGGCAUUAAAGCAGACGUGCUUUAUAUAGAACUGAUUUUUUCAUUGAUGUACAUGCAUUGAGAAAGAUUUGAGCGAAGGUUACUUUCAGAUGAACUGCGAGAAUUGUGGAGAACGUGAGGGGUUGGAGGGCAAAGUUCCCUCUCAAACAAAGGACAAGAUGCCCUUGUGAUUAAUUGGAAAGGCUGACAUGUGGUCCCAAAAUGUGGCCAAUGAAAAAAUACAUGAAAUUGGAUUGUUAGAAUUUUCAGCAUUGGCCCGAGUUCUGCUGAUUGGGUGUAACCUGGAAUUGCAUUGGUGGUUGAGGAAGAACCCCUUGAUUCUGAGAUCUUGAAGAGAAGGACAAAGAGAGAGCCUGCUAGGCUGAGCAUGAAUGCUAAAAGUAUUGAGAAGCCUAAAGAAAAUAAAGGCAUGCCAAUACUAACCAAAGGUUGUGUUGUACGAUUCUCUUUUUCCCACAACAAAAUCAUACUGUUCACUCUGGAUUGAAAUUCACGUUUUCACUUUAAACGGAAGAAAAUAGUACAUGCGUGUCAUUGGACGUAAAUCUCACCUGAAUUUGUUUUCCCGUACAUUCAAUAUCAUUUGUCAUGGAACUGGGGAAAUGGAACAAAUAGUGAAUCAGCUUUGAGGAUUAAGGAAAAGCAUUGGAUAAGAAGAGGUACAGAUGGAGGAUGAAUGCAGUCUGCAUUACUAAUAAAUCAGCUUCUGUACCCUUUUCAGCACUGUAAAUCAACACUGUAGUUUGCCUAUAAGCUUUUGGUCUUUAGCUUUUGUCCUCUUCUGCUGGGGAAAGGGUUUCUCAGUCCCUCCUGUCAGCUUUUAAUGUUACUCUCCCAUGUGCAUAAACUUUUAAUAAGCCAUCAGACAUGGACUCCUGAUGAGUGGCAUCAUGGAGUUUGCUUGUGAAUUAUGUGAUGGAAUCUGUUGUUCUUGGUAUGUAGGAUUAACAAACAAACUGAAUCAUUUGCUCACAAAGUUCAUGUCUAACCUACGUUGCAAGGCAAAAUGCUCUGUUGCCUUGGCAACAUUGUCAGGUUUUUUGUUUCUGUUGUAUUGGGGUUUUUUUUCUGAAGGAACUAAUUUUAUUAGAAGCUCUUCUGUUACAGCUGUACUUUCACCUGAAAAAGGAACAAAAUACCCACAUUUAUCAAUAGUAGCAGAUAUAGCUCAUACUUAAGAGUACAGAUUUCUAUUAGCUUGAUCAACCGUCUUAACUUAAUGUGUGACGGGAACCUCUGUCCCUUAUCCCUUAUGUUUAUUUUCACAUUUUUAUUUAAUGUCUAGCAAAUUUUUACCAACUCCACACUAUUACAAAAGUACCUUUGCUAAUUGAGUGAGGGUUAGGCUGUUAGGCUUGUGCCAAUAACUUACUGGAUCAUGCUUUAGUGCAGCCUUUGAAUACAACUGACCUAGUCACUGACAUAUCGUUAAAUUACACAAUGGGAGAAAAAAAAACAGUAACACUGAUGUGAAUGUCUAAUCUACAAAAUGUUCAUCUUCAAUCUCUUCUGUCAGUCUCUGUCACUUCCAUUACACUGUUCAUAUAGUACCAUGUGACACAGUCAGUGUCUAGUUUGGUGCAACAUGAAUAAAUAUGCAAGAAAAUGUCAUUUGUCUCAAAAAAUGGAUAGAGACAAUUAUUAUGUUACUGGUUACAAAAAGAUAAGCGAUUAAUUAAGAUGAACCUUGAAUCCAUUUAAAAAUGUCAGCACUACUUGUCAUAAAGCACUGUUCUUUUUGUUUGUCUUGUUUGGUUUGUAAAUAUUUUUAUGUUAUGUAUAUCUCUUCCUAAUUGCUUGGUUUAGCCAGGCCUUUUUGCACAUUCGUAAGCCUAUUCCCAGUAUUCCAAUUUGAUUAAUGUUGAGAGAUUUGCUGGCAAUCUGGAAUUGUUCUUUUAUUAAUUAAUUUACUUUUAUUAAUUGUUUAAUUUACUUUUUAUUAUUAUUAUUUGUGAUUUAUAAAAGAAUGGCAGAAAAUUAUAAAAAUAAAAUGGACAGACAAUUUUAUAAUGCAGAAAAAGAAACUCUUC